AUGGCGAGCCUUCCGUUUAAACCGUUAGAGAAGUUUAUUGACUUGGCACUGGAAGCAAGCAUUCGACAACUUGAUUAUAUAAUCAAUUACGAAGACCAUGAACAAGAGUUAAAAGAACUCAUUAAGACUCUUGAAAGUAAUAAGAUAACGGUAGAUAAGCAACUCAAAGUUGCUGAAGACAAUGCAAACGAAAUCACAGAUACUGCUCGAGAUUGGCUCCACAAGGUGGCAACGAAGCUGGAAGAAAGUAAGGAGUUUCACGAUGACAACACGCUCGAAUUCAAGACGAGUUGCUAUAGCGGGGGGUGCUCUAGCGGGGCUCUUCCUUUCUUGUGGCACAGGCGUCAACUUGGCAGGAAAGCAAAGAAGAUAUUGGCACCGGCAAUCAAAGAGCUAAAUCAGGAAACAGCCAACAUUCUUGCAAAUAUUUCACAUCCACCAGCUCCAACGUUUGCGGAUAGCAAUCCACUUGAUGGUGACUAUCUUGAAUUCGAAACAAGGAAGGGUAUCAUUGAGAAAAUCCUGGAGCAACUAAAAGAUUCCACGGUGAGAAUGGUUGGACUGCAUGGGCCUAGUGGUGUGGGCAAGACCUCUCUCGUCAAACGAAUUGCAAAGCAGGCUGGCGACAGCAAAUUGUUUGAUAAGGUGGUCAUGGCAAUCGUGAAGAAAGAUCCAGACCUUCUAAAGGUCCAGCAAGAUAUCGCUGACGGUUUAAGGUUAACUUUUGGAAAUGAAGGUGAGAAUGGGAGAGCAACACUUUUGAGAAAGAGGCUGAAACAGGAAAAUACCCUUGUGAUCCUGGAUGACCUUUGGGAUGAAUUGGACUUGAAUAAGAUUGGGAUUCUAUUUGAUGAUGACGAUGCCGUUUCAAGCCACGUGACUAGCAAAGAAAGAAAUGAUUCGGGCAGCAAAAAGGAAGGGGAAGAGAAAAUGGCAAGUGAUAAUUCUCCUAGCACCACCAGGCGGGGAUGCAAAAUUUUGUUAACUUCAAGAUAUAAAGAAGUGUUGUGCCGUAAAAUUAAUGUUAAGGAAAAAUUAAUUUUCUCUGUCCCAGAGUUAGAUGUUAAGGAUACUCUGACAUUGUUCAAGAAGGUGGUUGGAAUGUCAAAUGAAAUUCCCAAGUUCAACCCAGAAACCCUUCAUAAUUAUUGUGCAGGGUUACCAAUGGCAGUCAUUAUAGUCGGAAGGUCGUUAAUGCACAAGAGCGAAUCAGAGUGGGAAGGCGAACUUGAAAGACUCAAAAACCAACAAGGAUCAAAUGAAGUGCAAAAGUACAUGGAGAAUCAUGUGAAGAUGGGUUAUGAUCAUCUAGAAAGCGAGGAGCUCAAGUCCAUUUUCCUAGUGUGUGCUCAAAUGUGCCAUCAGUCAUUAAUUGUUGACUUGGUGAAAUACUGUUAUGGUUUGGGCAUCCUUAAAGAUGUCCAUACACUGAGGGGUGCCCGCCACAGCAUAUCCAAGUCAAUCCAGAUGCUAAAAGAUUCAGGCUUGUUGGAUAGUACUUCCAACGAUAAUUUCAAUAUGCAUGAUAUAGUUCGAGAUGCUGCUCUAUCUAUAGCGUGCAAGAAUCGGAAUGUAUUUACCCUGAGAAAUAAAACACUGGAUGUCUGGCCUCACAAGGAACAGCUUGAGAGGUACUCUGCAAUUUAUCUACACAAGUGCCAUAUUGUGGAUGGGCUCCCAGAACGUGUUAACUGUCCUCGUCUUACAUUCUUUUAUAUUGACUGUGAUGGUUCAACUUUGAAAAUAUCUGAUACAUUUUUUGAAGGAAUGGAAGAACUCAGAGUUUUAGUAUUGUCCGGAAUUCAUUUGCAGAGUCUGCCGUCUUCAAUCAAAUGCUUACCAAACCUCAGAAUGCUUUGCUUGGAGAAAUGCACUCUAGGUGACUUGUCCGUUUUAAAUCAUUUGAGAAAGUUGAGGAUUCUUAGCCUUUCAGGAUCUAGAAUUGAAGAUUGGCCAACAGAUUUGGAUGGCUUAAGCAAGUUACAGUUUCUAGAUAUUAGCAAUUGUUUUAUAAGCAGCUCCACUAGGCCUUUAUCUUUAUCGAGCUUCCCUAAUUUGGAGGAAUUGUAUAUAGAAAAUAGCUUGACUAAAAUGGAGGUGGAAGGACAGAUAAAUCACAGUCAAAUUUCAGCUCUUUCUGAGUUGAAACAUCUGCAUCAGUUGAAUACUUUAGAUGUCUACUUUCCUAGUGCUGAACUUUUGCCAGCAGACUUGUUCUUUCACGAGUUGAAUGAUUACAAGAUUGUGAUUGGAGACUUUGAGACAAUUUCGAUAGCAGAUUUCAAGAUGCCCAAAAAGUACGAAGCUUCAAGAUCUUUGGCACUGCAGCUAGAAUCUGGCAUGGAUAUUCACUCCCUCAAAGCAGUCAAAUUGCUAUUCAAAGGAGUGGUGAAUUUCCUUUUGGGAGAGCUACACGGGGUUCAAAAUGUAUUUUAUGAGCUGAAUCUGAAUGGAUUUCCAGAUCUGAAACACUUUUCCAUCGUAAAUAACAAUGACAUUGAAUACAUUGUGAAUUCAAUGGAGUUGUCACAACCUCAUGAUGCUUUUCCCAGUUUAGAGUUCCUCAGCCUGUUCAACCUAAAGAACAUAAAGAAGAUAUGUUGCAGUCCUAUUACAAAUUCCUCAUUCUCUAGACUAAAGAUAAUCAAAUUGAAGAUGUGCCCCCAAUUGAAGAGCAUAUUCUUCUUUUACAUUGUUGAAUUUCUUACUAGUCUAGAAACAAUUGAUGUCUCUGAAUGUGAUUCUCUACAAGCAGUUAUUAGUAAAGAAGAAGGAUCCAACAAGGUUGUGCUUCAUAAGUUAUGCUCUUUGACAUUACAGAAAUUACCAUCCUUUGUCAGUUUUUACAACAAUGCAGACAUGCCUUUGGAACCGGAAUCUAUGGAAAAGCAAGCAAGAAUCACUGACGACAUAGGAAUUGUCCCAGCAGAGGAUGAGCAGAGUUCCACAACUUCCUUUUCUCUUUUUGAUGAAAAUGUAGAAAUUCCAAACUUAGAGAGCUUGAAGUUGUUCUCAAUCAAGAUCCACAGCAUAUGGAGCGAUCGAAUUUCAAAUGAUUGGUUUCAGAACUUGAUAAAAUUAACGUUGGAAAAUUGUAACUUGACAUAUUUAUGCUCAUUGUCUAUGGCUUACAGUCUCAAUAAGCUAAAAAGCAUCUCCAUAAGUAGGUGUUCACUAAUGGAGAAGUUAUUCAUCAGCGAAGAAAAUAACAAUGAGUAUUCGAAGGAUUGUAUCUUUCCUAAAUUGGAGGAAAUCCAAUUGAGUCGAAUGGAGAUGUUAAAAGAAAUAUGGCCACGUGAAGAUGAAGUAAGGGCAGAUUCAUUUUCUAGUAUCAUUUCUGUUGAUAUUAGCCACUGCAAUAAGAUUGACAAGAUUUUUCCCAGUCACAUGAAAUGUUGUUAUCUGAGUUUGAAAACCUUGAAGAUUUAUUCAUGUGAGUGGGUGGAAUUCAUUUUCAAAAGUAGACUUCCUCCGCAACAAAGUGACACAAAUAAAUCUGCAUUAUUGGAGGUUAUUGAUUUGGAUAAUCUCCCUUAUCUAAAGCAAGUAUGGAGUGAAGAUCCAAAAGGAGUGGUUAACUUCACAAAUGUGCAGAGUAUAAAUAUUUCUUCAUGUAACACUUUGAGCAAUGUGUUGCCAGCUUCUAUUGCCAAGGAUCUUGGAAAACUAGAAAGCUUUUCGAUAUACUCAUGUCGUAAUUUGGAGGAAAUCAUUGCGUGCGAUGGAGGAUCAGAAACAAGCAGUGAAGCAUUGGAGUUCCCUGAAGUAGUCUCCAUGUCAUUUUGGGACUUACCAAGCAUCCGAUGUUUGUACAAAGGGAGACAUAUUGUAGAGUGUCCAAAAUUGAAGCAACUGAGAAUGACUGGGUGUCCAAAUCUGGAAAUAUUCAAAACAGAAAGUGCCAAUGAAGAAGAAACAGCAUUCUUAUCGGUAGAAAAGGUAAUGUCCAACUUGGAGCAUCUGGAUAUCGACUCUAAAGGAGUAGAGUGGUUAAUGAGCAACACAGGCAAGUACCGCUUUACCUCUUUGAAACAACUUCACUUGUACACAUGGCAGAGCCAUCAUGACCAGACUCUAUACUGCUUCCUCCACACCAUUCCUAAUCUACAAAUCUUGUACUUGAAUGAUGAUUCUAACAUUAGAGAGUUCGUGCCAAGUGGAAACACCGCACCGAAGCAAAGAUUGGGAACCGUAUUACUUCUUAAGGAAUUAACUUUGUGGGCACGAGAGAUGGAGGAUAUUGGAUUUGAAAGAGAUCCUGCUCUUCAGAGAUCACUGCACCGCCUGAAAUUGCAAUUCUGCCACAGAUUGAGGAGAUUGGCACAUUCCUCGGUGUCCUUCACUCACUUGACAUACUUGCAAGUAUAUCAUUGUGGUGAAUUGAAAACUCUAAUGACAUGCUCAACAGCAAAGAGCUUGGUUCAACUGACCACCUUGAAGGUAGAGUAUUGUGAUCAAUUAAAUGAAAUAGUUACCAAGGAUGAGCAGGAAAAUGAGGAGGGGAUUAAAAUUGUCUUUGCCAACUUGAUAACUAUACAACUUGAACGACUAAGAAACCUCACAAGUUUCUGUAGCAACUCGAAUUGUGAGUUUUCGGUGCCAUUGUUGGAAAAAUUGAUUCUGAGAGGAUGUCACAAGAUGAAAACGUUCACCGCGAAGCACAUAACAGCGCCCAAGCUACAAAGCGUACUUGCCAGUGAAACAUAUGAUCAGGAAGAGAAAGGGUAUUGGAAAAGAGACCUGAAUGCCACCAUUCAAAUGCUGUUUGUGGAAAAGGUUUAUUUGGAGCUUUCAAAUCAUCCAGAAUUAAAACAAGUAUGGUGUGACAAAACCGUAGUGCAAGUGAAUAGGUUUGAGAAUGUAAAAUCUUUGGUUGUGAAAAGAUGUGGUUAUCUUGUGCAUGUAAUUCCAUCUCAUUUGCUUCAUUGCUUUAAGAAUUUGGAAGAUCUGCAAGUAUCCGAUUGCCAUGAAGUGCAAGUCAUCUUUAAUAUGGAUGACAGUAGCAAUAAGCAAGUGGCAAAAUCAAUAGGGAUGUCUCGUUUGAAAAAUUUAUCUGUAGAGAAUCUACCAAAUUUGGAACAUGUAUGGGACACAGAUCCGAAAGAAAAUAUUCACUUUCAAGCUCUGCAAGAUUUGAGCAUUCACAGAUGUGAUAGUCUUGAAUAUGUGUUUCCAUCAUCAAUGGCUAAAGGUCUUGCCAUGAACAAUCUUUCAAUAGAAGACUGUGAGCAGUUGGUAAAAAUAUUUGCAGAGGAGAAAAGAACAUCAAAAUUGAAUGCCAAUAAGGUCCUAAAAGCAAUGGGUAUGUUCCGUCUGAAAAAAUUGUCGUUAGCGAAUCUACCAAAUUUGGAACAUGUAUGGGACAAAGAUUCAAUUGAAAUUAUUCACUUUUCUGCUCUGCAAGAUUUAAGCAUUAACAAAUGUGAUAGUUUGAAAUAUGUGUUUCCAACAUCCAUUGCUGAAGACCUUGCCAUGCUGAAUAAUCUUUCGGUAGAAGACUGUGAGAAAAUGGUAAAAAUCUUUGCAGAAGAUAAAACAACCUCAGAAUUAGGAGACACCAAAACGUUUGAGCUUCCUUCUUUGACUUCACUGGUGCUAAGAGAGAUGCCAAUGCUCAAACACUUUUAUCCGGGACUACACAAGCUUCAAUUUCCAAAACUAAAAAAACUAUAUAUACAAGUCUGUAAAUGGAUGAUACUCAAUUGUCAAGAGGCAAAGGCUUUUGUAGAUCAACAGGUUCUACUUCCAAUCCAGCAGGUUAAUCUCCUAUUUCAGAGCUUGGAGAAAUUAUCAUUUGAUAUGAGAGGCGCCAAGUUGACUUGGGAAGUAAAAUCUCGAAAACUUGAAUUUGAAAAGUCAGAAGAAGAAAGGGUUGAAGAGGUGCUAUUUGAGGAAAAACCUAAGGCUGAUGAUGUUGAACUCCUAUCGCAUCUCGAUCUCAAAGGGUUAAGGCUACAUGCUCUUGAUGGACUCAAAUCCAUUGGUUUGGAGCACUCUUGGAUACACCCCAUCCUUGAUAAUAUCCAAACAUUGGAAGUGAAGUGGUGUUAUGAUAUAAAGAACUUAGUAGCAAGCAAGGUGUCUUUCUCUAGUCUGACGAAAUUGGUUGUAUAUAGUUGCUUUGGUUUGUUGUAUGUGUUCACAUCUUCAACAGCAGAAAGUUUGAGUCAACUCAAGCAUAUGGAGAUAAGCAAUUGUAGAUCAAUGCGAGAGAUAAUAUGCAAAGAGGAUGAUGAAUCUAAUGAGAACAUAAUAUUUGAGCAGCUUCAGGUUUUGCAUCUUAACAACCUGCCAAUGCUGAGAUGGUUAUACUCAGGCAAACGUACUUUGUGUUUUCCAUCAUUGCAACACUUAUCCAUCUUUGGCCGCAUACUCUGGAGGAUGACAACAUUCUGUCCCCACUUCCACAUAACGAAUCUAAAUUCACUCAAGUUGUGCUCAGGACAAAGCUGGAAUGCAUAUGAAGUCCAAUGGGAAGAUGAUGUUGAUACCACCAUUCGCAAAAUGAAUAACAAAAAAAUUGGUCUCAGAGAAAGCCUAUAUUUUCAAGACAUGUGGCGUGGCUCAUUGACAGUUCCUGAAGCAUACUUCGUUCAGGAAUGUAGUUCUGUGAAAACUAUAUUUGAUGUGAAGUGCAUAACAAAAGACAAGACACUACUACCAAUUAAAUUUUCGUUGAAGAAGUUGGUAUUAGAAAAGCUGCCGAAUUUGGAUAGCAUUUGGAAAGAAGAUCCUGGUGGGGUACUCGACUUUCAACUUAUACAACAAGUGCGUGUUAAUACAUGUAAAAGCCUUACAAGCUUGUUCCCAAAAUCAGUAGGCAAGGAUCUUAUCAAUCUUAAAAAUCUAGAGUUGAAACAUUGUAAAAGCUUGGUGGAAAUCAUUGCAGGGAUUGAAACAACACCAGAAAGAACAAUUUCAAACCCUAUUAAGUUCCCACGUCUGACUUCAUUGACACUGUUGGAUUUACCAAGCUUCAAUUGUUUUUACUGUUCGUUGCAUUGUGUCCUGUUGAAGACACUGAAUGCCCAUGAUGAUGAUUCACAAAUUGAGGACCAAGUCUGUUUCAAAGAGGUUACUCCUAAAUUGACCAAUUUGUUGUUUGGUAAAAGAGAAGUGAAGAUGAUUGGACAUGAAGAAUGUGAGGGAAGCCACUUUGGCGACACAAAUGUUUCUGAUAUGCAGGGUUUUAAUGUUGUUGAGCUUGAGUCUGAUGAACUUCCAUAUACAUUUCUUCAAAAGGUGUCUUGUAUAAAAACUCUCCAAGUGAAAAAUAGUUCAAUCAAAGAGAUAUUCUGCUCUAAAAGGCCUAGUUUGGAUUGCACCCAAUUUCUACCACAUCUUAAAGAAUUGAAGUUGGCUUCUCUUUCUGAACUAAUUUCCAUAGGAUUUGAACGCUCUUGGAUACGAGAAUCAUCAAUUCUCAAAACUCUGGUAACCUUAGAAGUAAAAAGUUGCUCUAGUUUAACAAGUUUAGUUUCUUCUCCUGUAUGUUUCUCCAAUCUGACGCAUUUGACUGUAUCUGAAUGCGAUAGCAUGAUAUAUUUGUUCACAUCUGCAACAGCUAAAAGUUUGUCUCAACUCAAAAAGAUGAAAAUAUCUAAUUGUAAAUCCAUGCAAUGGAUUGUGUCUAAUGAAGGAGAAGAAUCAAUUCAUGAUGAGAUAGUAUUUGAGCAGUUGCAAGAAUUACAAUUUGAGAGUUUAAAAAGCCUUAGAAGAUUUUACAAUGGAAAUUUUGCCUUAAGCUUUCCAUCAUUGGAUAAAUUGAAAGUGAUUAAGUGCAACAGGAUGGAAUCUUUCUGUGAAGGUACCAUCAAUACUAACAAGUUGUCAGAAGUAGUCUUUGAUGAUUCAUUUAGAGGUGAUAGAACCCAAUUGGAAGUUGAUCUCAAUUCUACCUUACGAAACACUUACAAGACAGAGGUUGCAAAAUUUGUGAGGGAAGUAAAGAAUUUGAAGCUCAGCGAACACCCAAUGAUACAUGGAAUAUGGAAUGGUCCAUUUCGAAUUCCAUCCUUGUGCUUCAUCAGAUUGAAGAUCUUGAUUGUGGAAAAAUGCGAAUUCACAUCUAUUGUAAUACCCUCUCACAUACUCGAUUUGCUAUGCAAAUUAGAAGAGUUGAUCGUGCGACAAUGUGAUUCCGUGACAACAAUAUUUGAAGUGACACAUGAAGCAAAAGACACAAUGAUCAAUCCUUUAAGAUCUGGCUUAAAGAAAUUGACUAUUGAGCAGCUACCAAAUCUUGAACAUAUUUGGGAUUCAGAUCCUACUCAACAAAUUAGUUAUUUUCAGAGCUUUCAAGAAGUGUACGUGAAUGGAUGCAACAACAUUCAAAGAUUGUUUCCAAUAUCUGUAGCCGAAAAUUUGAAUAAACUUGAGAAACUGGAAAUAACAGAGUGUGAUAGAUUGGUGGAAAUUGUUGCAAAGGAUGAAGCAGAUGUUGAAGGAGCUCCUAAAGAGUUUACAUUGCAAAGCAUGACCUCCAUAAAACUGUGGUCUUUGCCAGAAUUGAAAUGUUUCUACUCUGCACCCAAUAAGUUAGAAUGCCCCAAGCUAGAGGAAGUGCACUUAUUCCACUGUGACAAGGUGAAGACAUUUGAAUGUGAGUCUCAGAAAUAUCAACAUCCACAAGCAGAGAAUCAAGCCAUUUUCUUGUCAGAAAAGGUAAUUCCAAACUUAAAGUUUCUAGCACUGAGCAAGGAGGAGAUCAUGAUGUUGUGGCAUGAGCAGCUUCAUGUGAACAACCUUUCAAAAUUAGAAGCUCUUCGGUUGCAAUGUUUUCAUGACGAUUCAGAUACUUUUCCAUAUGAAGUACUCCGACAGCUUCCCAACAUAGAAAAUCUUGCGGUGAAUUGUAGCUCUUUCAAAGAGAUAUUCUGCUCUGAGAGUCCCAACAUGGACAACGGCAAUGGAAUUCUUCCUCAUUUAAAAUGUUUGCAGUUGAUUAAGCUGUCUAAACUGAAGUCCAUUGGAUUAGAACAUGCAUGGAUGGAUCUCAUUUCUAAAAAUCUUGAAAAGUUGCUAAUAGACCAGUGUCAUUGUUUGAGGAGCAUAGUACCAAGCAACGUAUCAUUCUCGAGCCUAAUAGAAUUAAACAUAUCAGAAUGCAAUGGUCUUGUGAGUUUGUUCACACCUUCAACAAGCAGAACUCUGCAUCAACUGAAGACCAUGUCAGUAAAAGAUUGUGAAUCAUUAGAAGAGAUAGUGUCAGAAGAGUCAUCAGAGAAUGUUGAAGAGGAGAUAAUAGUAUUUCCUAAACUGAAAACUCUGUCCCUUUUCUCUCUACCAAACCUUGGAAGGUUUUACAAUGGAAACAUUGCCUUAAAAUUCCCAUCAUUGGAAAAAUUCUCACUAAUCAAUUGCCAAAAGAUGGAAAGCUUUUGUGCAGGUUACGUAAGUGUCAACAGGUGGACAGAAGUUGAAUUUGAGGAGGAUGAAUAUCCAGUUUUGUUGGAAGUUGAUCUGAACUCUGCUGUACGGAAAGCAUUUGAAGGAAUGUUUUAUUAGGCGGAAUCUAAUUUCAGUAAUGGAGUUAGAGACAAAAUGAGGAUACCCACAUGGACAAGACAUUGAUACAGAGGAAGGAAUAUUGUCAACUUGACUUCUUUUAUGUUGUAUUAUUUUUUUUCAAAAAAAAAAAAAACACUAAAAAAAUUAAAAAGGAAAAAAAAAGAACAAGUGUGUAGUGUGGUUAUAACUUAUAAGUUUACCCAAAACAGAAAAGAGAGAAAACAAAAGUUCAAAUGUGGUGUGGUUUUAAGUUAAAAAAAAAAAAGAAGAGUGCAUGCAUGUAAUGUGUGUGGCGUGGUCGUAAGUUUAAAAAAAAAGAGUGUGCAUGUGUGGUGUGGUUAUAAGUUAAAAAAACAAAAAACAAAAAACAAAAAACAAAAAAAAAAACAAAAGACCAAAAAAAAAAAGGGUUGGGAUGAUCUAUGUUAGGGUAGCGUUACAUGUGUGUGAAAUGUGUUUGCAUUGUAACUCAUGGAUAAUAGAUGAUAACAGUGUGUUAAACUGUAUUACUUAUUUUGCUUUAUUCAUUGUUUUAACUACUUUCUUUUUUUAAAAGUAAA